CGUGGUAAGCAUACUCAUUUUCAAAUUCAUGCGUUGUUCAUCAUCCCGAUAACGGGUGUGGUCUUUCUGCUAUCUUUUGUUUCUGAUUCCCAAUCCCAUCCAUUCCUUUCUUUCCAGGUUAUUUAGUAUCUCCCUCCACUACUUUCUCUUUUGUAGCAACUACCACCCACAUGAGAUCUUAAACCUCCGCGUAGUACUUCUAGCCCCUCAUCACUCGACGCAAGGGGAAGUUUAUUUAGAACCGACGGUAAGAAAGAUAAAAGAAAAGACAUGUCGGACGAAAAGGAACCCGUCACCCGGGAAUUUUCGCCCGCUCCGCGCGGUAGUGCCAGUGAAGCCAGUCCCACGGCAGCAGAUAAAGCUAGCCCAGCCACGGAAGCCAAGACGACACAGGAUGAAGACGCCUCAGCCACGCCAACAACAUCAUCGGCCGACAAGGGCGCAGACACGCCGAGCGCCGGCGCUGCAGCUGCCUCGAGCUCAGCACCAGCCCCACAGCCCGUGAUAAAACCCUUCGUCCCGCACACGGAAAUGCCAGAAAUGACGGGGCCAGUCAAAGUCGUGUAAGCUGAAUUUUUUACUACUCGUAGUUUGUUCUUCUUGCAGCAGGUUCGUUCAUUCCUCGGUGCAGUCCACUUCCUAGGUCUUUAUGGAGGCCUUUGCUGACCGCCUCGAAAAUGAUUUUCGUGAAAAUGUCUGAUUGAGGCGGAAAUUUGUAUUUCCAAAAACUUUUCAACUACCAUACAAUGUUCUGACACCACAGCUAUUGCCCCGAGGACGGAAUGCCUCCAGAAUACUGCCAAUACGGCGGGAAAUGGGACCUGGCGAAGCCGUGGGUGUUGGCUAACUUCCCGCAGCUCUACCCUGAAUUGGCCGGUAAGGAUUUCUACUUUGGGAAUAAUUUGGCAUUACCGCACCUAUUUCAAGCAAGUCAGUAGUAGAAGUCGUGAAGGGAGGUUGAUGUACCAAGCAGCACAAGGAACCACGCGAGUAGGAAGGACUACUGCAUGAAAUCAAACUAUUUGUGAAAAACAGGUGAGUCUUUAGCUGACGCGAAAGAGACCGCGAACCAGAAAAAGGCAGAGGCCGAAGAGAAAGCAAAAACGAAAGAGCUACCCGGGGGAAAGAAGACACGAAGUGCAAGUCCAAAGGUAGCUUUUCACUUUUGUUUUAUGCUCCAGCAGAGCGCUGACGUUCACUCCCUACAAUCAAAUUGGUGCUGCUACUUACAGACACGAUGUCACAUUUGUUCCUUUUCCUCAAGAAAGGUGACGGUCUUUGUGUCACCAGUCACGCAACGUUACUAGCAUUGCUACACGAAUUAACAGAUAAGCAUCAAAGUGGCGAGCAGGCAAGGGCGUAAAAAGACGACGACCGUGAUCGGCCUGGACACGUACGACGUGAAAUUGGAGGCCGCAGCAAAAAUCUUCAAGAAGAAAUUCGCCUGCGGCAGUGCUGCGGUCAAGGGCAACCCAGGCCAGCCAGAUUCCGUGGAGAUUCAGGGCGAGCCCGGCAAAGAAGAGCUGGUGAAGCUCCUCUGCAAAGAGUUUUCCCAGAUCGAGAAAAAAAAGAUCGACUACAGCGACUAG